AUGAAAAACUCUUGGAGACAUAAGGCUUUAGCCAUCCCGUUUCUACUAUUAUCAUCAGUCCUUUGUAAUAAAACUUUCUUUGUGGAUAUAUUAAACGGAAUUAAUAUCAGAUAUAAUAAUAAGGUACCCAUAAAUAGAAACGUAUCAAAUUGCUAUGGGCAGAAUAUAGGCAAAAAUGAUAAUAGAAACUCUUCUAUGAAACACCAUUUCUUUAUACAGAAUGCAGCACAACCAUCUAUAAUCAGCGAAACUUGUGACAUAGAAGAUAAUAAUAGGAAUGCAAAUAUAUUAAAACAAUAUAUUUAUACAUUGUCCCAUUUGACCAUUUUUGAUAUUGAUAAAGAAAAAGAUAUAGAACUUAAUAUAUCUUUAUUAUUAAAAGCAUGUUUAGCAUCAUAUAAUUAUAUUAAAAAUAUUGAAAUAUAUACUUCUAAUGUCAAAAAUAAAGAAAUAUGCUCAUUUAUAUAUGAAAAUAGACAAAAUUUUGAAGAGUAUUUUAAUUUACAAGUAUUAAUAUAUGAAAAAAUGUUUAACUCCAACGAUGAUAUAGAGGAGUUAUUAACAUCUCAUAUCAAAGAUGAAAAUAUUUAUAAAAAUGAUUUAGAAAUUUAUAAGCAAAUUAACAAUAAUAAUAAGGAAUUUAAAAAAAAUAUUUUAGAAGACAUCCUUUUUGAGUCCAUAAGACUAAAUAAAAUGAUCCAAUAUUCUCUUGCAGUAAACAAAUUUAAUUUGUUCUCAAAUCCGAUACUAUUCAAACUAUUCUUAUACUUUAAAACGAAUGGAAUUUAUUAUAAUAUAUUCUUGAGCACUAUAAACAAAAUAAAAUAUUAUUAUUCCAUAAAAAAUAUUAACGAAGAAUAUAAAAAUCAGAUCUUCAAAAUUGUAGGCAAUUAUAUAGCAAUUUUAAAUAGCAUAGAUAAUAUAUAUAAGAAGCAUGAUGGAAAUAUUUUAUAA